AGAGCGUGUGUGAGAGAGAGAGAGAGAGAGAGAGAGAGAGAGAGAGUGCGUGUGAGAGGGCGAUAGCACUGUGAAGUAACAGGGAAACAUGAAGCAGUUCAGAUCCGCUAGUUGUUGUAGUAGUUGUAGUUGUUGUUGUUGUAGUAGUUGUAGUUGUAGUUGUUGAGUAUUUUGGACUCGGCGUUGGUUUUAGGCUUCAGGAAAAAAAACGGGGGGAAAAAAAGGCUGAAGUUUGCAAACUUUUCUCUCGCGUGGAUUUGAAGCCGGAUCGAUUCCUCAGGAACGGGUCUUGAAUUGUCCAGUGACUCGCUGGAGUUCAGCACUGCGCCCUGCUCAGGUCAGAUGGGCUUUUAUUGUCAUUCCUCUGUACAGCUGGUAUACAGUACACUGGGAAGAAAUGACGUUUCUCCAGGACUUUGGUGCAACACUUUAUAAAUGAAAAGCUGCGUCAGACACCUCAACCACAGAAGGGCUUUGCUUUACCUCUUUUCGUCAAUAUUGAUAUUUUGUGCUCUGAUCAGAUAUGUAACGAUUACCAAUGAUAAUAACAUCAUCAAAUCCAGACAAAUCAGACGGCAAACAGAUACGCGGUGGCGUCUCACUGAACAGCAUGGAAUCAACUGUGUGGAUAUUUACAACAUGGACCCUGUGGCUUUGGGCAAGUCUUUGGAACUCAGAAGGAAAGCCCCUCCCAUUCCGGCCGACAAGAGCGUCGUGAAUGCAACUUUGGACUGUGGACAGUUCUUGGCAUCAAGAGGUUACAAUGUCCGGAUAUCUGAGCAGGAGCGCGAUUUUCCACUCGCGUUCUCUCUGGUGGUGCACAAAGACGCGCACAUGGUGGAGCGUCUCCUGCACGCCAUUUACGCGCCACACAACAUCUACUGCAUCCACUAUGACCUGAAAUCGUCGUCGGAUUUCACAGAAGCCAUACGUGGUCUGGCGCGCUGCCUUCCCAAUGUAUUCGUGGCUUCGCGGUUAGAGGCGGUACAGUACGGCGGCAUCUCACGCCUCCGUGCCGACCUCAACUGCCUUUCUGAUCUCCUAAGCUCCGAGAUCCGCUGGAGAUAUGCCAUUAACCUGUGUGGCCAGGAUUUCCCACUGCGUUCCAAUGCCGAGCUCGUGUCCGAGCUCAAGGCGCUAAAAGGUACGAACAUGCUCGAGACGAUCCGACCCAGCAAAUUAAAACAGCAGCGCUACACGAACCACUUCGAUCUCAAAGACGAGCAAUCGCAGUAUCGUGCUUUUCCAGUCAAAACAGCGCAGAAGAAACAGCCUCCACCGCAUGAUAUCGAGAUCUUCGUGGGCAGCGCUUACUUCGUCCUCUCCCGGGAGUUUGUAACCUUUGUGCACUGGAGUCCUCAGGUAAAAGACUUUCUGGCUUGGUGCGAGGACACGUAUUCACCUGACGAACAUUUCUGGGCCAGCUUGAUUCGCGUCCCUGGAGUCCCCGGUGAGAUCAAAAGGUCUGACCCAGACAUUUCAGACUUGAUGAGCAGAACACGUCUGGUCAAGUGGCAGUACCUGGAGGAGAAGCUUUAUCCAAAAUGCACGGGAGUACACGUACACAGCGUGUGCAUUUAUGGUGCCGCCGAGCUCCGGUGGCUCCUCAACGACGGGCACUGGUUCGGCAAUAAGUUUGAUCUGAAGGUAGAUCCUGUGGUCAUUGAAUGUCUCGAAAGGAACUUGACCGAGAGACACGGAGCAAAAGUUACACCGCAGUGACUGCUUGGGUAUUUACUCAGAGACUCAUUUUCUGUUAAUGAACAAAACAGACGUCCCUCUACGAACUGGUUCUGCUAGACGAACAUUUUUAACAUCAUACGAAUGUGCUGAUUUGUCUGACUCUGGGGGGAAAAAAAAAAGUAUGUUUAAGCUGGAGAUCUGGUUCACGAUUUAUUUAUUUAAUUCAGGAUACUCAAAUGCCUUUGGGACCGUGGUGCCACAUGUAAAGCAAUAUACGUCUCGGUAUACGAUAGCGCACAUUAAACAUCAGAUCUAUAAUGCAUUACGGCUGGAUCCGAUCUCAGCAAUAGCACGCGCCGUUUAAAACUCGGCAUAAAACGUGCGUCGUUUGGUCCAUGACUUAAAAACAAACGAAAUCCGAGUGCAACAUUUUCAGUGUCCACCAUAGAACUGGAAAAACGCUGACAGUGAUGUGCCCGUGUGUUGUGUCGAAUCCUGUACUGUUUAUUUUCAUCAGCUGAGAUCGGUUAGCUCCACCAGUGUUCAGUUACUCUGUAGGGCGUGCACAGAAAAAGCGUACAGUAAAAGUUUGAGUCAUGUGGGUGUAGUCCUCACUGAACGAGACAAAGUGGAAUUUUCCCGCUGUUUACAGCGCAACGAAUGGGCUGUUGUGGCAUCAAUCCCUAAACGAAAUGCAUGUGCAUUGUGGUCCUCAGCAUUGAAGUUAAUUGAAGAGAAAUGUAAAUAAAAUGUAAAUGAAGUAGUGUGCUCUACUGGAUGCACACUGGAUUUAUAUUACGGGCAAUAAUGCAGUGAGAUACCGAGGCUAUACAGACAAUAUAGUGAACAGGGAAGCAAUCUAGACACAGCAAUAACUCCCAACAACGUAGAGCACCGACGGCGUCAUCUCGGCGCCAUAAAUGAUAACAGCUAAAAUGUUAUUCGGGCGAUUACAAUUUAAAUCCAUCUGAAUGUCCCAUAUACACAGUGUGUAUAAAUUCAGUUUCAGCUUUCAGUCACGAAGAACUCACUGUUUUGGAGCUAAUAAAGGACUGCUGCUUGAAAACAUGAGCAGUUCUUGGCAGAUUGUAAACUUUUGUGUGUGACUGUGCAGCUGUAUGUGAAUGUAAGUGACUGCGUAACUGUAUGCGACCGUACGUGAGCUGUACGUGAUUAUGCACGAGCCGUUUUUUAUACCAGUGUGGAUUUUUCAGAGCUCUUUUUCUAUGCUGUGGUCUUGGUUGUGGCCUUUUUCCUCAGCGUUUCUGUUCAUAAACUGUUUUAUGUGUUGUGACAUAUUUGGCAUUGGCUUCCUGGCUUCGUAUGACAUUUUUCAGGGGCCUAAUCAUAGAUUAUAGGCCUGUAGAAACACUCGGUCAUUGUUGGACAUUAUUCAGUACUACUUUUU